AAUUUACAUAUUUGCCCCAUUUGUUAGUAUAUAUAAUAUCAUUGUUCACUCCGGUAUUAGGGUUUUGAGGCUUUGUCUGUCCAGUCGAAGUUGCAAGCCGUCGCAGCGAGUAAAGAAAGAGCUUUCGCAGAGCCCGAUCUGAAACCCUAGCCAUGUCGCUGGUAGCGAAUGAAGAGUUCCAGCACAUUCUUCGAGUGCAGAACACGAACGUGGAUGGGAAACAGAAGAUCAUGUUUGCAAUGACAUCCAUCAAAGGUAUCGGCCGUCGUUUCGCCAACAUCGUCUGCAAGAAAGCCGAUGUCGACAUGAACAAGAGGGCUGGUGAACUCUCAAAUCAAGAAAUUGAUAACCUGAUGACAAUUGUUGCGAAUCCUCGCCAGUUCAAAAUCCCUGACUGGUUUCUAAAUAGGAAGAAGGAUUACAAGGAUGGGAAAUUUUCUCAGGUGACAUCCAAUGCACUGGACAUGAAGCUAAGGGAUGACUUGGAGCGAUUGAAGAAGAUCAGGAAUCACCGUGGUCUCCGUCACUACUGGGGUCUUAGAGUGCGUGGGCAGCAUACCAAGACCACUGGCCGCAGGGGAAAGACUGUUGGUGUAUCCAAGAAGCGUUAAUCUCACUCUCAAGUUUUUAUGGUUCUUGCAGCUAAGUUUUGUUGAAUAACUCUUCCCUACAUUAGUACUCAUUGAGAGUUUUAUUAUUGGCUGGAUUGUUUGUUGGUAAUUUUGGUAUCAUUCUCAGUUACUUAUCUAUAUGUUUUUUCUCUACAUGUUUAUGACUUCUGGUUGAUGUGGUUGUCUUCUAAUUUAGAGUUUAAUAUGAAUAGAUUUGAUUUUGGAGCUCAUUGGGUUUCAGAAGCAUUAA